CACUCUCUCGCUUUGCCCUCCUCCAAAAAGAGACCACUCUUGUCCUGCGCUGAGUGUUUUCAUUAGGAAAAGAGGCAAAACGCAGAGUGAAAAAGAGAGAGACAGAAAAGCAGUGACUGAGGAGGGAAAGAGAGUCACGAACAGCUAGAAGCCCACCACAAGUUUUAAGCUGGAUUUUGUAUCAGCUCUGAGUCAUGGCCCAGUGCUCCACCUGCAUCAGCCUCUUACUGCUCCUGAUUGGUCAGAUUUCUGCAGAGACUCAGUCUGAUCCAGCACGAAGAGACUCCAUCACAGCAACCUGCAAGGACCAAAACUCACUCAGCAACAGACUGGAUGCAGUGGAAAAGCGGGUGGAGGACACAGUGCAGAAGCUGGAGGAGGAGCUGGCCGGCCUGCUGGAUGCUAUUGAGGGCCCUGAGUGGAGCUUUCUAUUGAACUCUAACAAUGUUGGACCUACAGUGCACAUCCUAGAGGAGAGCAAUCCCAAACCACAGCCAUGAGACUCUCUCUCUCAGAUUGAGAGAGAGAAAACAGAGAGAAGACAGGAGGACUAGAAUAUUGCUGAGUUCUUUGCCAUGAGCUAGAUAUCUUAGAAAUCACAUUCCCCAUAAUCUCAAUUGUAUUACAAAAUAUUAUACCCAUUUAUCUGUGAAAUGGUCUGCUCUCCACCUCCCCCUACUGUCCACACAGGCGUGCACCUUAGAUCACCUACCAAGCACAGAUUCCAGAUGCAUGCAGCUGUUGUAUUAUAAAUCAGACAGAGACAGAGCACUUAAACAUUUUAUUAAUAUUUUCAGUAUCAUCAAAACAACCUAUGGGAUGCCAAAAGUUAAAUAGAAUCUAUUCAUACGUAUCAUGCCGUCCACAUUUAUUUGGAGACGAUGCUUUGCUUUGUACAGUCAAACAUCUUCAAUUGAUAAAGCAGUCCUAGAGAAUGGAAAACAGAGCAGUGAUGGCACUGGCGGAAGAGCCGCUUAAGAGUAAUAAAGUUUUCAUGUCAGUGGCGACGAGGUGAAGACCGAGCCACGCAGCUACGAACGUGUGCCCUUCCGCAGGAUACCAAUGUAAUUAGUGGUACAUGCAGAAAUUGAGAUGUAUGCAGUAUGCUAUGGCCUCAGUGUCAUCAAAUUACAGUGUUUCUUUUCCAUCUAUGCUCACUUGAGGCUAAUAGUAUGUUUAAUUAUUUCAGAAACAUUCCAUGUUUUCACUUACCACAAUAAAUGCUUGUUUACAAAUGUUA